AUGGAAGGAACUCUUUCAGACCUCGUUCGAGAUUACAGACUCGUGACGCGCCAUGAGGGCGUCUUUACUGUCCACUUCCAUGAUGACCCAGAUGCGCCUCCCUCAUCUCCUUGUCGUCAAGAACGGUGGGAAAAGGUUCGUACUCUAGGCCGUGGUGGCCAGGGAGAGGUUGUUUUGCAAACAUGUAUUGAAGGUGGCCGAAACUUUACUGAGCGGGCGGUUAAACGAAUUCGACUUCAGAAUGGACAUUCAAAAAAACACUAUAAGCGCGAGCUUGAGUCCAUAGUUAAGUUUUCCCAUGAUAGGUACUCUAAGUAUUUCGUUAAGUCCCUCGGCUGGUAUGCGACAUCGAAUAGGCUGUACAUGGCUAUGGAGUACUUUCCCGAAGGGGACCUAUAUGCCUAUAUUUGCAACCACGAAGCCUUGGCAGAAGAAGAAUGCAGUCUUAUCACCAGCCAAAUUCUCUCCGGUAUCGCGCUCAUGCAUGAAGAAGGAUUUGCCCACCGCGACAAUAUUCUUAUUUAUAGGCACCCUCAAGGCCUCCCUUCCAGCUCUUGGUGGGUAAAAAUCGCCGACUUUGGCAUCAGCAAGAAGCUGAAUACGGAGACUAAUCUUACAACGCUGGUUCCUGGUACUCCAUUAUACAUGGCUCCUGAGCUCCUUCGAUCUGAACCUCAGAGCCUUUCAAUCAACGACUAUCGAACGGCAGACGUAUGGGCCGUAGGCAUUACCACUUUUUUCAUGAUGACUAAAAAUGUACCAUUCAGAAGCCAGCCUGCAAUCAUGAACUUCACUGGAAACCUAGACGGAAUGAUCCAAGAUAAUAUCCCAGCUCGUUGCCAAAUAUCAGAGAGUGGUCGAGCCUUUAUCAAAGAGCUGCUGGAACCACAGGCGGAGAAACGCUUUGAUGCCGGAAGCGCAAAGUUACAUCCGUGGGUUCAUCAUUGGCUACCAGAAGCCCCAACAUCUGGCACAGACAGCAGGUAUACCGCUUGA